GGAGAGCUCUCCCCAGAGCCCAGGUGGUUGUCCGAACCCCAUAGGCGUCGCCCUAGUCGCGGGCCCCAGGGGAGAGCAGCCGGGGAGGAGGGCGACUGGUCCCCGCCCCCAGGAGCCCGCGCAGCGCCUCCGACUUCGCCAGUGAAGUUAGACCGGGAGGAGCGGGCGGGCCGGACCGGCCAGAGCGGCGGGGAAGGCCCUGUCUCGGGAAGAAGCUCCUCCUCUCCGUGACCCGAUUCUCCAAGCCAAGUGAUCACUCAGGCUGGGGCUAAGCAGCGGCGGCGCGGGGCAUGGGCGACCUCGUGACCUAGUGUCCGCAGCAGGCAGGGCCCGACCGGUCCCGCUCGCUCAGGGGAGGAUCCCAGCUGCCGCGGAGCCCACGGAGCGGCCGGCUCACCACCCGGAACCGGUCGGCGGCCUGAGCGCCCGCCCGCGCGGCGCCCGCCACCAUGAACGGAGAGGCCAUCUGCAGCGCCCUGCCCACCAUUCCCUACCACAAGCUCGCCGACCUGCGCUACCUGAGCCGCGGCGCUUCGGGCACCGUGUCGUCCGCCCGCCACGCAGACUGGCGCAUCCAGGUGGCAGUGAAGCACCUGCACAUUCACACGCCGCUGCUCACCAGUGAAAGAAAUGAUGUCUUAAGAGAAGCUGAAAUUUUACACAAAGCUAGAUUUAGUUACAUUCUCCCAAUUUUGGGCAUUUGCAAUGAACCAGAGUUUUUAGGAAUCGUUACUGAAUACAUGCCAAAUGGAUCAUUAAAUGAACUGCUUCAUAGGAAAACUGAAUAUCCCAAUGUUGGUUGGCCAUUGAGAUUUCGCAUCUUGCAUGAAAUUGCACUAGGUGUAAAUUACCUGCACAAUAUGAAUCCUCCACUCCUUCAUCAUGACUUAAAGACUCAAAAUAUCUUAUUGGAUAGUGAAUUUCAUGUUAAGAUUGCAGAUUUUGGUUUAUCUAAAUGGCGUAUGAUGUCUCUCUCACAAUCACGAAGUAGUAAAUCUGCACCAGAAGGUGGGACAAUUAUCUACAUGCCACCUGAGAAUUAUGAACCUGGACAGAAAUCAAGGGCCAGUGUUAAACACGAUAUCUACAGCUAUGCAGUUAUCACAUGGGAAGUUUUAUCAAGAAAACAGCCUUUUGAAGAAGUCACCAAUCCUUUGCAGAUUAUGUUUAGUGUGUCACAAGGACGUCGACCUGAUACUAAUGAAGAAAGUUUGCCAUUUGAUAUACCUCAUCGAGCAAUCAUGAUCUCUUUAAUAGAAAGUGGUUGGGCACAAAAUCCAGAUGAAAGGCCAUCUUUCUUGAAAUGUUUAAUAGAACUUGAACCAAUUCUAAGAACAUUUGAAGAAAUAACUUUUCUUGAAGCAGUUAUUCAAUUAAAGAAAACUAAGUUACAGAGUACUUCAAGUACAAUUCACUUGUGUGACAAGAAGAACGUGGAGUUUUCACUGAACGUAUCUGUAAAUCAUAGUCCACAGGAGGAAUCAUGUGGAUCCUCUAAGCUAUAUGAAAGUGGUGGUACUCCUGGAACAUUAAGAUCUCUAUCAGCAAUUCAAGAUAGUAAUUUUUUAUCCGAAAAAGUUCAAGACAGUUCAGUGAAGUGUACAGCAAGUCACAGUUGGGAAAGUCGCAUUUCUGCUAUUCAAAAGAUGACAUUGUGUAAUCACAAGACUGUACCAUGCUCUUUAACAAUAAUAAAUCCACUUGUAGCUGAGGAAAACUCAGAACGAUUACAGCCUGGUGUAGCCCAACAGUGGAUCCAGAGUAAAAGGGAAGAGAUUGUGAGCCAAAUGACAGAAGCUUGUCUUAACCAAUCUCUAGAUGCCCUUCUGUCCAGGGAUUUGAUCAUGAAAGAAGACUAUGAACUUGUUAGUACCAAACCCACAAGGACUUCAAAAGUCAGACAAUUACUAGACAUCACUGACAUCCAAGGAGAAGAAUUUGCCAAAGUUAUAGUACAGAAGUUGAAAGAUAAUAAGCAAAUGGGUCUUCAACCUUACCCAGAAAUACUUAUAGUUUCUCAGUCGCCAUCGUUAAGUAUAUUAAAAAAUAAUACCUUAUAGGUGGAUUUUUCAAAAAGAACAGUUUACAAAAAUAUUUUAUAUUUCUGUUGCCUUGAUCAUAUUGUUUUUAUAAAACCCAUGAGUAUUAGAAGCUUUUAUGAAGUUUCUUCUUUAAGUGAACGAACAUUUGUCUUCUUCUAUGACAUUACAGUAUUUUUAAAUUAAUGCAUAUAGAAAAAUUCCAUUUUUAUAUAUCUCUGGUUAAGUUAAUCAAUUGUUAAACUUAUAUUAAUUUACAUUUUUCUUGUACAUAAUAAUAUCUUAAGAUAUAAUGUGUUUUCUGAUAGAAGCCAUUAUCAUAUAACUUUAUUUGUGAAUUAUUUAUUACUUGUCAUAAACAUAGUCAGGCCAUAUGAAGUAUCCACUCUGUACUUAAAGAAGAGAUUGUGAAACAUUCUUAUCCUAGCCAGGUUCAAAUCUUCUCCAAAAGGUUGUUCAUUAAACUCUGGUAUUCAUAUUGCAUUCUUAAAGUUUGAAUUCAUUAAAAAAAACUUUCAAGGGUUAAACAGUACAAAGUAUAUUGGGAAAAUAUUCAUAUUUUCAUGAGUUCUUGUCUCUAUGCCUAACAUCAGCCUUCCCCCUAUUAUCACUACCAACCACUAGUAUACUUCCUCCUCCUCAUAUUUAAAGUAUAUGUGCAUCUGGGAAAUAGUUAUUAUUAUUAUUAUCAUUAAACACAUUCUACAGCCUGA